UGCAAGGAGGAGAGGGAACUUUCCAACUAUUUGAGUUUUGGAUCUGAGCAGUAGUCCAUGGGCUCUUCAACCCAUGCACAAAAUCCCCAUGCUAUAAAAUGGGCUUGGGAUAGGCUUAGUAGCUGGAAAAAAACUCUAGAUGUGCUUUCAAGGGGCAACGCUCAAGCACUCAUUCUUGGGGGAAAAGUUGGAUUGCCAAAACUUCCGACCCAUUUGGAUUUUGGAUAUGAGCAUCUGUAAUACUACCAUCGCCGGUAACCCUACUGGGAGAGGGGGUUUGGAUGAUGAUGAUGAUGAUGAUGAUGAUGAUGAUGAUGAUGAUGAUGAUGAUGAUGAUGAUGAUGAUGAUGAUGAUGAUGAUGGUGUUGAUGGUGGUGGCGAUGAUGGUGGCAGCUGGGUGAAUAGGGGACACUGCAGGGAGCAGCAGCAGAACCAGCAGCAGGAAGUAGCAAUGGAGGUGGAUGAUGAUGAUUGGCUGCUGGAGCAUGGGCAUGAACUGGAACAGCACCCCCACAGCUGCAGCAGUCAGCAGCACGUGGGCAAAGAGCACCAAACAAUGAGAGACAACCGAAGAUAUCGCGAAGCUGUGCGAAGCCGUUCCUCUGGAUUUAGCGGACCUGAUUCGAAAAUACCCCAAGACUUUCCCGGACGACCUGCCCACUGGACUUCCGCCGAGCCGACCAAAAGACCAUCGCUUCGAGCUGGAACCAGUCGCCCAACCGACAGUACAGCGACAAUUUCGGCUAAGCCAACCAGAACUGGAAGAAUUGCAACAGCAGCUGGAUUACCUUUUGACGAAGGGCUUUAUCCGGCCCAGCACGUCGCCAUACGCCGCCGCGAUACUGUUCACACCGAAAAAGGAUGGAGGAUUCCGCAUGUGCAUCGACUACUGCGCGCUCAACAGGAUCACCAUCAAUUCGCGUUACCCGAUCCCGCGAGCCGACGAACUACUCGACCAACUUGCGGAGCCAAGUUCUUCUCGAAAAUCGACUUGCUAUGGGGUUACCAUAAAAUUCGCGCCGCCGCCGAAGAUUGUCACAAGACUGCAUUUCGCACCCACUACGGCAGUUACGAAUACUUCGUGAUGUCUUUUGGCCUCACGAACAUGCCCUCGACUUUCCAGAUGACCAUGAACGGAAUUUUCAGGGAACUCGUAGAUAAACGCGUUAUUAUCUACCUCGAUGACAUACUAAUCUACAGCCGCAGCAGGGAGCAGCACUUACAGGAUCUUGAUGCAGUCUUCACGCUGCUGCACAAUAAUUGCCUUAUUACGAAAGGGUCUAAGUGCGACUUUCUUAAGCAGGAGUUGGAGUUUUUUUGUCACGUCGUUUCUACCAAAGGAGUGAAGAUCGACCCCAAGAAAAUCAAGACCAUACAGGAGUGGAAGCCGCCAACCAAUAUAAAGGAGCUGCAAAGUUUUUUGGGUUUCGUCAACUACGUCCGCCGAUUUAUACCUAAUAUGGCAGGGUUAUCUACCCCGCUAAAUGACCGACUCAAGGAUCACGAUUGUUUUUGGUGGGGAGAGAAGCAGCAAGCUGCAUUCGACCAACUAAAGAUCGCCCUCACGUCGCCGCCCGUCCUUCGCAUCUCCGAUCGACUCAUCACCGUGAUUUAUCCCAAUCGCUUAUCUUUGCGCACUUCCUCUUUCGUCACUGGUCGGUAUCUCGCCUUAGUGCGUCGCGGCAUGGAUAAUCGGCCCCACGAUUCUCCCGCGCACGGCGAAGUAUGCACGCUGGCGGAACCUGCGCCUGAAGGCGCAAGUGUUGCGGGUGGUGAGCGGAAGCCUUCCGCGUCCGCGGCAGCAGCGGGCGGGGCUGGCGGAGGGUGCCGCGCAACGACCAUGGAUUGCCUCGACGACGCGUGCCUGCUGCUCGUCUUCUCCUUCCUCUCCCCGCUGCCAGAUCGGUUCCACGUGGGCCGGGUGUGCCGCAGAUGGCAGCAUCUAGCCGCCGAUCGUCGCAUGUGGAUCCACGUCGACCCGCUCCGCUUCUCCCGCCGAUUCUCCGCGCCACGUCACCACCUGCGCCGCUCCCUCGGUUCCGCUCUCUCGCCGCUCCCCCUCCGCGCAAGCCUCCCCUCCGCCUUUCCCCCUCCUCCGCCCUCAGUGACCCCGCAUGCGCCCGCCCUUCCCCCGCCUCUGCGCGGGGAGGCGGACGACGAAGUCGACAGCAUGCUGCCACGUGUCUUCCCGUCACUGGCACUUGCUGUCCGGGCUGCACGCCCCGGUGACACCAUUCUGCUGGCAGCGGGCGCCGUGCACGCUGUGGAGAGUGUGGCCGUGGACAAGCCGCUGUGCCUGCGGGGAGCGGGCAUGACGUGUGCAGACACCGUGCUGGAGAGCCCCAGAUGGGCCGAGAGCGCGUUGGACUUCUCAGCAUCAGCGCUGGUAACAAACGUAACAGUGCGGUCCGGUUAUGGGCACUGCCUGCUGCACCGGCAGGGGCGGCUGGUGGUGGACAGGUGUGCCAUAGAGUGCGCUGUGCACCCCCUCUCGCAUCUCUUCUUCCCGAUUCUCUCCUCUGCCAACUGCCACCCCGGCUCGCACGCACAUGCGCUUGCACAUAAGGAGUUUCAGCAGCAGCAGCAGUUGCACAAGGAAGGGGAGCGGUUGGGUGAGGUGGGAGUAGAGGGGAGAAUGGGUGUUGUAGUGGCUAGUAGGAAGAGGCAAAAGGUGGGAUGGGAGUCUGAGGGGGAGAGUGGUUGGGUGGGGGACAGGUUGUUGGGUGGAGUGCAGAGCGGUGCUGAAGGGCGCAUGGGGGAUGCUGGGGAAGCAGCAGAACCAACCGUAGCAGCAGCAGCACCGUCAGCACCAUCAGCACCGUCAGCAGCAGCAGUGGCGGCGCCGCGAGCCCUUCCUGUGAUGGCAGCAUGUGGGGGAGCGAGGGGCAAGGGGGCGAAGGCUGCAGGGGUGAAGGUGGUAGAGACGAGCAUUGUGGGGGGAGGGAGCGCCGUGCACACAUGCGGGGGUAUGGCUCUUAAAGAGGUUCGGGUGCUCUAUGCUCGUGCAUCUCUUGUCUUCUGGUUCUGUAUCGCCGCAGGUUCGUCAUGACAUUGCCGUAGCAAUAUCCCAAGAUUGGUUCAUUGUGUGGUGUGGUAACUCCCAAGUCGGGUUGGUUCAACGCAGGCUGGGCUAACUGCCUGGUGUAGGUCGCGUUUACUGGGGGGGCAGGCCAUGCCAUACCUUUCACAUGUCCAUUUGACAACUGGGCUUUGACUAGGCAGUAGUAGUAAGAGCCUAUACAACCGUAAGAUCAAUCAGUGAUAUUGUUUGUACAUGUGAGAUAUUCGCACAGAUUCGUUAUAGCCAACCAGU